CGCUUUAAAAGGCAACUGUUGUCAUCAGAGUCUGCGCACACGUGGGCCGCAGUCUCUGUAUAAAGGGUCUCUCUCAACGCAGACUGAGUCAAAGUUGCGGCAACUCAGCGAGAGCGAAGACAGAGCAGAGCAGAAGCUGGUGCUGUGAAACGGAUGGCAGCGGGCAAGCAGGGCGAGGUGGUGGGCAUCUGCACCAGCUACCAGGCGGUGAUGCCCAACUACGCCGGGAUAACGGAGGAAUUCCCGCAGUCGCUCCGGCGCCAGCUGCAGAAAUCCAAGCUGAAGCAGAGGAGACCCCGGGAAGCUAGGUUCAAAACGCAGCCGGUCACCUUCGAUGAAAUCCAAGAGGUGGAGGAGGAAGGGGUCUCGGCCCUAGAGGAGGAGAAAGCCAAGAAGUCGUUCCUGCAGUCGCUUGAGUGUCUCCGGAGGAGCGCGCAGAACUCCCGUGCCCAGAAGGCAACUUUAAGCAACUCAAAGCUGAGAUAUAGCUUGGACUCGAGCGACUCGGAUUCCGCCCACUGAUCGCCGGGGCACCGACCCGCCCCUUAAAAGUACUGUGCUUCAUAAUGAAGUUUUUUUUAAAAAGCUGUAUUUUGUAAAAAGAAAUCUAUUUUCAAAGGGGGAAACUUUUACGCAUUGACUGGCGCAAACCAGGAAUAAAUACUGAUGUGAGAUGUUGCUCUGUGCUUGGAUGUUUGGUCGUCGUGGAUGGAAACUGUUGGCGGAAUCUUGCCCUUCCAUCCAAGUCAUGGGAGAACGCAGCGUUGGAAAGGGAACUGCCAUUUCCUUUAUUGGACAUCACUGAAGUGAGAUAUGGAUAUAAGUGCAACUCAGCUGCAAUUUAACCGUUGUUUUCUACUCUGCUUACAGAAUUAUUAAAAUACAAGAUGCAAUUUGCAGUUAAAAAGAUUCCUUUCUAGACGUUGUCGGAUCGCACAACAGAUGCUCCAAGCGUUAGCGAUUUAGUAGCUCGGCUCUUGCCAAAUUUCAUCCAUGUAAUGCUUUUACUACUUAAAUCAGUAAUUUAUAUGUUUGUACUUUGUGAAAAUUGCAACAAAACAAGAUUGUAAUGCCUCGUGAUUAAUAAAAAUCAAUGUGCACUUAAAAAUCUUACUUAAAAUGUUAUUUUUCCCCAUAAAGAUUGCUUGCUUGAGGUUCUGAUAUCUCGAUGAGGUCAGCCUGUGAUGGAUAUUAACUGUCGGGAUCGUUUAAUUUAAUAGAUCUCGACCACCGUCACAGGCUUGAGUUUCAUGCUCAUAAUCAUGUGAGAAUUUGUCUUCCUCUAGAGCCAGCAGUUAUAUCAUAUUUUGCCGGAUUAGCGCUUUCCGCUCGGCGGUAAUAGAUAAUAUUAGAAUUGAUGCAUGUACUUUGUUUUCCCCCCUCGGGUCUGCGCAACGCAUUCGACAACUUCAACAGUUUCUCUUUUAAAUCACGUGUUUGUAUUUCGUAUUGCAACCAUAUGUUGCAAAUACAGUUUGUCACAAAUCUGUCUCCCUUCCGCCAGCGCUGCUAUCAUCUCGCUGCUCUUGCGUAAUAUUAGUGAGGACAUCAGAUAGGAGAACGCUUGUGAGAAACAUGAACCAGUAAGGCCGAAUGUGCUGUAAAAUCCUUAUGCAAGGUUGAAACCACUGCAGUCUCAGAGAGGCGCGAUUGUAACUGACAUGAAGCUGCAAAGCCUGUUCUGCACACUGACUGCUCCAGCCUUUCUCCCCUUCGCUCGUUCCCACUCCACUUGCUGCAGUGUAUCGGCCCCGCUAUACAUUUCUAAUUGAAAUGCGACCAAAGUUCGUGUGACUGCACCCCUCGUUAAACUGAUUGAUUUCCAUGAAUGACUGGUGCAAUGUUAGGUCGAUGCAGCCCCUCUAAGAUAUCCCCCGUCGUUUUAUUUUAAAACUCGUGCCAUGCUAGCUAAUGAAGAAGAUUGGAUUUCUUUAAGUGACGAGCAAUCCAUUCCUAAUUUGGAUCAGCACCGUAAACUCCGCCGGUUUCGCAGUUCACAAUGCUCGCUGACGCCGGGUAACGCGCACUGCGUCCGGCUGACGACUGCUGCCCUUGCAGAUCACGCGGGCCGAGGAGGGGGUCGUCUGGGGCGGUGAAACCGGGUAUUGUAGUUUUCUAGAAUAUAAACAUGCCGUAGGAACUAUGUAAAUUUACAACAUUCUUUUAAAAAAUGCUGCUUUUUAACUUGUGCCCGAAUAAUUCACAUAUGAUAGGUACAUUGGAAUAAUAUGGCUUGGGACAUCUUUAUUAGUAUAACAAGCGCUUGGAUAGAUACAUGCAGGAGCAGGGUUUACAGGGAUAUGGGCCGAACGCAGGAAAUUGAGACUAGCUGGGUGGGCACCGUGGUGGCUUGGACUGUUUGGGCCGAAGGGCCUGUAUCCGUGCUGUAUUGCACUAUGACUCUAUAACGAGUAAGGGGGUACCACAAAAAUACUACACUUUUUUAAAGUGAGCAAAUGCUAAAACAAGUCAUCUGCAUACUCUCGUAGUGUUCUCUGUGGAUUCUUGCCGUGUUGUGUUUCUGUACCGAAUCCGUGUGUACAUUUAAAAACACACACUUAAUGCCUGUGGAGAAAUUGGAACCUCCUUGAGAUUGUAAAAAGGUGCUAUGUGAAUUCAAGGCUUUGUUAUCUGAAUCCCUACGGAAUGCAGUCCUGAGUAAUGUUAUAUAAUGUCCCAGAUUAUAUAGUCAAGGAAUCUCAAGUUGCUGGCAAUGAUUCAGAACCCUUCCACCAGCUCUCUUGUUUUGCAGCCUUCUCGAGUAGAAUCAGGGGAAACGUUAAAUUUAUGUAAGCUUAAAGUAUUUAUGAACUAGUUUUACUGUGCCAUAUGGUGAAUGUUACAUUCUGUUGCAAUGGGAUCUGUG